AUGGGCAGCACGGACAUCAAGCAAUCUCUGAAGAUGAAGCAACGCCAGGACCGCAGCAGAAAUCUGCAAAUACCGGAGGAGACCGAGCCUGGCGCGCUGCUAACGCUCGGCUUACGCGAGAUGCGUUUCGGCGAUGCACUGGAGUUGAAUCCCAAUGAGAAGAACGCGUUGGUAGCACGAAGCAAGUGUCACCUUUUGUUAGGCGAACCGCAAAAAGCGCUAGACGAUGCCGAAGCAGCGUUGCGGCUAAAUCCUAAGGAUUCCAGCAACGCCAAAGCGGUAUACUGCAAAGCGGAGGCGCUUUAUCAUCUGGGUGAUUUUGAGAUGAGUCUAGUGUAUUAUUAUCGCGGAAUGAGGAUCCGACCGGAAUUCGGGCAGUUCCGUCUCGGCGUUCAAAAAGCGAAAGACGCGAUACAGAAUGUCUUACGGAAAAAUUAA